AUGGCUAAACCAAUUGAUCCAAAUAAAGAAGAUAAAUAUGCAACAGCUAUAUUAAAUCGAAAAGAACGUCCUAAUCGUUUAAUUAUCGACGAUGCUAUUAAUGAUGAUAAUAGUGUUGUAGCAUUAUCACAAUUAAAAAUGGAUGAAUUACAAUUAUUUCGUGGUGAUACGGUUUUACUUAAAGGUAAAAAACGUCGUGAAACAAUAUGUAUUGUACUUGCUGAUGAUACAUGUCAAAAUGAUCGUAUUAGAAUGAAUCGUGUUGUACGUAAUAAUUUACGUGUACGUUCAGGUGAUAUUGUAUCAAUACAAGGUUGUCAAGAUGUUAAAUAUGGUAAACGUAUACAUGUCUUACCAAUUGAUGAUACAGUUGAAGGAAUAACAGGAAAUUUAUUUGAAGUUUAUUUAAAACCAUAUUUUGUUGAAGCAUAUAGACCUGUACGUAAAGGUGAUGUAUUUAUUGUACGUGCAGCAAUGCGUGCUGUUGAAUAUAAAGUUAUUGAAACUGAACCAAGUCCAUAUUGUAUUGUUGCACCUGAUACAGUUAUACAUUGUGAAGGUGAUCCAAUAAAACGUGAAGAAGAAGAAGCAUCAUUAAAUGAAAUUGGUUAUGAUGAUAUUGGUGGUUGUAGAAGACAACUAGCAAAAAUUAAAGAAAUGAUUGAAUUACCAUUAAGACAUCCACAAUUAUUUAAAACAUUUGGUAUUAAACCACCAAGAUGUAUUUUAUUAUAUGGUCCACCGGGCACUGGUAAAACUUUAAUUGCACGUGCUGUGGCUAAUGAAAUAGGUGCAUUCUUAUAUUUAUUUAAUGGGCCGGAAAUUAGGUCGAAAUUAUCUGAUGAAUUCGAAUCAAUUUUACGAAAGGCUUUCGAAGAAGCUGAAAAGAAUUCUCCAGCUAUUAUUUUUAUUGAUGAACUUGAUGCCAUAGCACCAAAACGUGAAAAAACACAUGGUGAAGUUGAACGUCGUAUUGUAUCACAAUUAUUAACAUUAAUGGGUGGUCUUAAACAACGUUCACGUGUUAUUGUUAUGGCUGCAACAAAUCGACCGAAUUCAGUUGAUCCAGCAUUACGUCGUUUUGGUCGUUUUGAUCGUGAAGUUGAUAUUGGUAUACCGGAUGCUGUUGGUCGUUUAGAAAUACUUCGUAUACAUACAAAAAAUAUGAAAUUAGGUGAUGAUGUUGAUUUAGUACAACUUGGGAAUGAAACACAUGGUUAUGUUGGUGCUGAUUUAGCAUCAUUAUGUUCAGAAGCUGCUUUACAACAAAUACGUGAAAAAAUGGAUUUUAUUGAUUUAGAAGAAGAUACAAUUGAUGCUGAAGUUCUUGAUUCAUUAGUUGUAACACAAGAAAACUUUCAUUUUGCAUGUAAUCAAUCAAAGUCAUCAGCGUUACGUGAAACUGCUCUUGAAGUACCAACUGUUACAUGGGAAGAUAUUGGUGGUUUAGAAAAUAUUAAACGUGAAUUACAAGAACUCAUUCAAUAUCCACUUGAACAUCCAGAAGAAUUUCUUAAAUUUGGUAUGACACCAUCACGUGGUGUACUUUUUUAUGGACCUCCGGGUUGUGGUAAAACAUUAUUAGCAGAAGCUAUUGCUAAUGAAUGUCAAGCAAACUUUAUUUCAGUUAAAGGUCCUGAAUUAUUGAGAAUGUGGUUAGGUGAAUCAGAAGCUAAUAUACGUGAUAUUUUUGAUAAAGCCCGUCAAGUUGCACCAUGUGUACUCUUCUUUGAUGAGUUAGCUUCAAUUGGACGUCUUGAUGAAUUAAUUUAUAUUCCAUUACCUGAUGAAAAAUCUCGUUUAGCUAUUCUUAACGCUACUCUAAGGAAAUCACCUGUUGCUAAAGAUGUUGAUAUGCGAUAUUUGGCUAACGUUACUAAAGGUUUUAGUGGUACAGAUUUAAAAAAAAUUUCUCAACGAGCUUGUCAAUUAGCUAUACGUGAAUCAAUUGAAAAGCACAUAAUUCGAGAAAAAGAACGAGAACGUACACGACAGAGAGCAAUGGAUGAUGAUGAACCUGAUCCUGUACUAGAAAUCCGUCGAGAUCAUUUUGAAAAAGCUAUGAAAUAUGCACGACGAUCAGUAAGUGAUAAUGAUAUACGUAAAUAUGAAAUGUUUGCUAAUACACUACAACAAUCACGAGGUUUUGGUUCACAAUUUCGUUUUUCUAAUCAAGAACGACUUUCACAUGGUGGAAAUGGUGCUAGUGGUCGUGGCAAGAAUGAUGAUGAUGAUGACUUGUACAAUUAA